AUGUCAUCUCCUUAUUAUGGUAUGAUUGAUCAGGUUCAUGUGAUGCUGGUGGAUAAUGACAAAGAGUUUGCCAAAAAGAUGACUGCUUUGUUAACGUCUUAUGAAUAUAAAGUUGUAUGUGAUGAACUCAAUGAGCUGGUAGCAAAAAAGACUUUGGAUGGAGGAGCCUAUCUUUUCCUUAAAAAGCCAUUUGAUGAAGAAAUUUUGAAAUACUUAUGGCAAAUUGUAUUGAAGAGACACAUGCAACGAGGAAAAGCAAGAGAAGGAUCAGAAAAAAAUAGAGAUCAAAUAAAUGUUGUUAAGCGAAGGUAUCCAACUAAAUGGACUGAUGAUCUUCAUGCCAAAUUCAUGAAAGUUGUACAACAACUUGGAGAAGGAAGAUGUUACCCCAAGAAGAUUUUUGAGCUAAUGCAAGUGCCUGGUCUUACAAAAAUUCAAAUUGGUAGCCAUCUACAGAAAUGUCGUCGCAAUAAUUGGAGAUCACCAAAAGAGCAAAGAUAUGUUUGUCUCCCAUCAGGACAGGGAUCCUCAAAUGAUUCUCAUGAACCAAGAAGUAACUUUCCAAAAUAUGGGGCAAUGCCUCGACUUCAAACAAAUGUACUGAAUUUGCAAUGUAACCCAGACGAAAUCCAAAAAGGACCAGAGUUUUCAUUUUCAACUCCCAAUACCAACAAUAGUUUUGCUAGAAGAGAGAAUUCAAUUCAACAACAAUUCAAUCUCCCACAACUUCAGGUUCAACCCCACUCUUUCAAUAUUGAUAAUCCAUUCAAUGACUCAUUUUUGUUGGACCAAAAUAAUGUUGGUGGUGGGCUACAACAUGAAACAUUAUUUGGAAUCUCGAGUUCACAAGAAUUACAAGGCUCAAUUAAUGGGAACACUAAUUAUAGGCCUGGCCUGAUGUUUAACAGUGGGGAUCAUGAUCAUGCUCAAUGUGCUUACAACUUGAAUCUCAAUGCGACCUAUGGGGCAACAUAUUCAAGUAGAAGAAUAGUGUCUGAUAUAGACAUUGAAAAUGUGUCAAUUAAUCAAUACAAUUUGAAUGUGAAUGCAGACAAUGUGACAAUAUGUUCAGAUAAAACAAUGAUGUCUAAUACUUAUGUUGGAAAUGCGGCUAUUAAUGGAUUAAGAGCAACAAAUACAAAUGUUCAACAAUAUAUUGGUGAGCCAAAUAUAUCUGAUCCAGGCAAUAUUAUUGCGACAUUAUAUGAGAGUGACAUUGAAGGGCGUGAUCCAAAUGAGAAGGAAGAUUGUGAGGCAUAUUACAAUAAUAUGGAGUAUCUCCUAUAA